ACGGCCGAAAGCUCAACCCCCUAGUGCCAGAGCCGAUUCCGAUCGCUGCCGAUUACUCCGGAGAUUACUGGUAUAUUGUGUGGGAAUUUCUCUGUUAUGGGCCAUUUUUCAAUUCAGAUUAGCAGCGACCUUGUUAGUCGACUUGCUGAUGACACUGAAAAGUUGAAGAAGAAAACUAAAAAAUCUAAAGCUAAGGUGCCACGAGAGCCGAAGCCCCAAAUUCAUGAAAAGCAGAAGCAAAUUACUGGUGAUUCUGAAACAUUCAAGGGGCUUUCUGCCACAGGAUGGCCACAACAACCUCCGUUGUUUCUACCAGUAAACCCUCCAGCACAAUCAGCGUACACAGAGUUGGAUGCAGUUCGAUCUGUCCUUCAAGAUAGUGAGAGGGUUAUUGAGACGUUGCAGAAGCAGGAUGAGAACAUGGUGCAGGAAGUGACACAAAGGGCUAGGGACCUCCGCGAUAAGGAGUUCAAGCUUCCAUACCAGAAGCCUAUGCCCUGUUCCGCCGAGAAUGAUGCUUGGUUAGCAUGCUACAAGGAGCAUCCCGCAGACUUCCUGAGAUGUGCCCCUCUGGUUAAAAACUUCGAAAGUUGUAUUCGCAGAGCAAGGCAGCAAGUGAGUUCGGCAGAGAAUUAGUGUUUUCCAGAAGAAAAAUUUCUGGUGGCAUACAUGAGUGCAAGCUAAUAUCCAGUUUGAGUGACACCUAGAUUUUUGCGGAAGGAUUAAAAAAACACUCCUUGGUAUCUCCGUUGUUGGAUUGCUUGCUGUGUAGUGUCAAUUCACAUUUUUUGUUAAAUCUUACCCUUGACAUCUCUAAAAUUUUACUUUUAAUAACUCAUACUCUCCAGUUCUGUUCAUGAAUGCAAUGUAACAUGUUUAGUGGAACUUUCACCUUCA